CACCUCUGUUCCUGAAUAUCAGUGUGCAAAAUCGAUAGCUUAAGUUUCUAGGAUCACUAUUGGGGCAUUCGGUCUACUCAGGGUUUUUGUAACAGCAUAAUUUUUGCGCGAAACAAUAUGUGUUUAAGACAUGCACUCUGCUGGAAAUGUAGCCCAUUGUAUGGUACAUCCAACAUCUGAACUGACACAAAGCCAAAGACUCUCUGAAUCAACAAUUGAAUUAUAAUACUUGACCCCAGCUCGGCACCAUGGCAGAUUAUUGGAAGUCAAACCCAAGAAAAUUCUGUGACUUUUGCAAGUGCUGGUUUGCUGAUAAUAGAUCUAGUAUCGAGUUCCAUGAGCGUGGCAAGCGCCACCAGGAGGCGGUGAAGGAGCGGCUGGCCGAGUUGGCCAAGCGUGGCCGCCGUGACCACAUCGAACAGCAGCAGCUUGAGGCUGACAUGCAACAGAUGGAGAAGGCGGCGAUGGCGGCCUUUAAGAAGGACCUGAUGGCCAGUCCUGACCUGGCCAAGCAGUACGGCGUGACGCUCGGCAGGAAGGCGACCGGAGACGCAGCCGCGCCCAUGGACGGUGUGCCACUACCCGAGCAGGGACCGACGCUGGACGGCGCGCCGCUGCCCCGGGAGACGACCCCGCCCGCCGCCGACGGCGCGCCGCCGCCGGCCGAGGACGCUGAGCCGGUCAAGAAGUGGCUGGAGGCCAAGUCGGAGCAGGGGUACUCCUACUACUGGCAUGUGGACACCGGCGAGGCCGUCUGGGAGCCGCCUGAGGAGGGGUACGUGGCGCUGCCCGACUGCGCUCCGCCGGAGCCGUCCCAGGAGCCGGCCAACCCGGAGCCGGAGAAGGAGAAGGAAGAAUCGGAGCCGGCCGCGGAGAAGGACGAGGAGCCGCCGCCGCCGUCAGAGGACGUGAUGGGACCGGCGAACCGGCCCGACCCGUACGGCAGCAAAUGGGAAGAAGUUCACAGGGAGCCGGCGGCGCCCGUGGACCUGCAGCUGCCGGAGCAGCGGCGGCCGGCCGUCCAGCCGGCGGUGCGCCGAGACAAGGCGCGCAUUGUAUUCCGCCAGCGGACGGUCGGCUCGCUGGGCGCCGGCGCCGACGAGACGUUCAAGCGGCGGCGUACCGACGGCGAGAAGAAGCGCAACAUCCGCCAACGGACCGAUGACUAGGCGGGCGCGCCGUGGCGGCGCGCUGCCCGCACGUCGAAUGUGACGACGCGCCGUGCGCUGGACGCCGAGCGUGACACGGCGGUGCGCGCUCAGUGACGUUGGGGGGGGGG